UAAAUCGUUGCAUAAUGCAUUUGCAAAGAACAGAAAGGGAUAUGGAAUUCCACAUUCGGUAGGCAAUUCUUCAAGAACAGUUGGCCCUAUUAACGGCAUGGAGGCACAGAGAGGACGUCCUAUUUUCACGCCCAAUGCGUGAGAGUUGGCAGCUCUUAACUACACUUGCAUUUAUGUACAAAACGAUUGCUGUUCGUGAACUUGCUCAUCCUCUUGUUUAAAUCCAGUGACCGACAACUAUAGUCCACAAAGUCGUAAGGAACUUGGUCGCCAUCGCCUCCCAUCUUUGGAAUAGUCCCCUGAAUUAUAUCAAGAAGGAGAAUGUGUAUGUAGCCAGGCUCUUUCAAACUGUCAAAUAAGAACAAAAGAUUUUGCAAUGCUCAGUCCAUGGUAAGGUGACUUCAAAAAUGCCAAACUGUUUUGCUCAACAGUCUCGACGUCAGUGUAGCCUACCCCCACCCCCAUCACUCUGUCUUAAAAACGCCACAGAACAACCAGCUCCACAUACUUUCAGGGCUCCCAGACCCCAGUAACAUUUCGUCUGGACAGAGCAACACAAUGAAGCUUGGACUUGCCACCGUGGUGUGUUUCCUCAGCUGUGUGUGGUGGUCUGAUGGUGCGCCACCAACCUGCUAUUCCAGAGCGCUGGGUUUGGGCAAAGAAACCAUGUCUUUGCUGAAUAAGAUCCAUACCUAUCAUCGCACGAAAGCCUGUGCGGAAGUUUUGCCAACGAUCUUCAUUGAUAUUCACAAUGCCUGCAUCACAGCAAAGCUCCGGGAUAUCCUCUAUGUGGUGUUAAACCACCCAGAUCAGCAAUGCAAAGAGCGCCCCCGGAUCGUCCUUCUCAAACGCAAACUGGAGAACCUGUACUCCAUCAUCAGCAGGAUUUGUUAUCGGGACCUGGUGUUUUUCUCGGAUGACUGCGAGGCCAUAGAUACUGGACACAUCACACAAAGCUACGGGGAGGACCGGCUGCAGCUCCUGGUGGAAGAGCGCUGAGCAGCCCCCUCAUGGAGAAUGCAUUGGGCCUGCACAUAUUCUGUCAACAUGUAGCCUAGUGUCACAACACACAUUUUACCCUCUUGGAGGUGUUGAAGCUGGGACAAAGGGACCGAUAGUCUGGUAGAGUCCUCCUGCUUUUAUCUGUGCUUUCAUACACCUACAGCAUUGCACCAUAGUGGGGCAUAGGCUCCACUUUUUGAAAAGUCACAUACCCUGCUUGAUUUGUAACAACGUGAUACCAAGUAACUUGUUAAGGAUAGAUUGUUUACAAUAUACAAUGUAAUGUACUAUGGGUACAAGAUAUGAAAUGUAUUUGUUUUGUAAAUAAAAAAAAAUGCAAAGAUUA